AUGUCCGAGUUCAUCGGUUCUCGCAUAUCGCUCAUCUCCAAGAGCGAUAUCCGCUACGUCGGCACCCUCGUCGAGAUCAACUCCGAAGCCUCCACGGUCUCGUUAGACAAUGUGUGCUCGUUCGGCACAGAGGGUCGCAAGGGCGGCAAGGACGAGUACCCGCCAUCAGAUGUCAUCUACGAACAGAUUGUCUUCAGGGGCAGCGAUGUGAAGGAUCUCCGCAUUGAAGAGCAGAUCAAGGAAAAGUCUCCUCCUGCCAUGCCUCAGGACCCGGCCAUCAUCGGAGUGCAGCAGGGACAGUCACGUCAGGACGUGCCACAGGACCAACAGCGCCAGCAACAAGGGCCUCCGAACUUCCCACAGCAAGGGCAGUUCCCACCUGGCGGGUACCCUCCUUUCGGCCCUGGUGGCCCAGGCCCGUAUGGGAGAGGCUUUCCCCCCCAGCCUGGCUUUCCCGGCGGCCCUGGACCGUUCCCUGGAGGCCCUGGCGGAUUCGGAAUGCCUCCCUACGGGCCACCACCUCCAGGCUGGUUCCCUCCAGGGCAGAGCUUCAACGGCCCUCCUGGUCCAUUCCCUCCCAACAUGCCCGUAGGUCCUCCUGGCUUCCAGAAUCAGAACCAGCCACCGGCAGGCCCUCGCGGUGCUGCCCCAGUUGAUACACCUGCAAAGGAUGAGCAGUCGCCGGCGCAGCCCAAGCUUGCAGAGGCUGAUGGCUCUGCCAAGCUUGCAGAGCCAAAGGCAGACGCAAAGCAGGCUGGAAAAGCCCCUGCGCCCACCGCUGCUGCCAAGCAGCCUCCACCACCACCCGUCGAGACAAAGCCUGACGUCUCGGCCGCUCUCGCGCCGCCGCACACCCAGCCUGCACAGCAAGGUGGUGCGCAGAAAACGCAAGGCAGACCAAAGGGGGGUCGCAUUAUCCCAGCUGUACCCAUCGCCAGCCCGAACGUAAACAAGUCAGCUCCUCGCGCGCAGCAGCAGGCCCCCGCUCCUGCCGCACAGCCCCAGCAGGCUACCGGUUCAGCCGGUCAGCAGAACAACGCGACCCAGUUGGCCACUGCUGCCGUCGCUGAGGCCAUGGCCAAGCUCAACAUGCAGAACCGUGGUCAGGCACAGGCACCGGCACCUGCAUCUGAUCCUCUAAACAACCUUGCACAGAAGGUAGAAGGUAUGCGUGAGCGUGAACAGCAUGCCCGACAACCCCGAAACCCCGGGGCUGGUGCCGGCUUUGGUGGCCGAGGUGGUAGAGGCGGUCGAGGCGGUCGAGGCGGUGCCCACCACCAACAGCAGUCCCAGCCACAGCAGAAGAUGGAAGUGCCCACUACCGACUAUGACUUCGACGCUGCAAACGCCAAGUUCAACAAGCAGGACAUGGUCAAGGAAGCUAUCGCUUCAGGAUCUCCGCUUGGCGAAGGUGUCCCACCUACCAUUGAAGCGAUCUCGAACGGACAAAAUGGCGCCAGCGAAGUCGCAGACGACGUGGUCAUUCCCGGUGCUUCAUACAACAAGAGCUCUAGCUUCUUUGACAAUAUCUCUUCAGAACUCAAGGACCGAGAAGAGGCUGCCAGCCGCCGUGGCCAGGAGUUCCGCUCCGCUGAGCGAAACAAGAACAUGGAGACUUUUGGUCAAGGCAGUGUCGAUGGCUACCGUGGCGGCUACCGAGGCCGUGGCAGGGGCCGUGGUCGUGGUCGUGGAGGUUUCGGCUUCCGGGGCGGACGCGGUGCACCCCGCGGUGGUGCUCUGUUCGACCAGCCCGCCGCACAGUGA